GCGGCGGAUUCGACGAGUGACGCGAUACGGCCGGAUGAUCGAUCGACCGGAUCGAGCGAGGCCGGCGAGGCGUAGGUAGACGGCGAGCGCCGUCGAUCGCAACCGCGUCUUUGGGGAUCGAAUCGCAGGAGUGAAUCGUUUUGUGAUCUUAUUCGUUGUACUUAUCAGUAACGUUUUAGACGUUUAGAUCUCGUCUCUAAUGAGCGUCGAAGAAAAAGAAAAAUUCGGUAAAAACGCGGCAGAGAGUUUGAAGUCGUUUCGGAACAAGCGCGCCGCGGAACCGGCCGAGAGCUUUUUCUCUUCGUUGAUCGACAAUUGAGAUCCUCGCUGGAAGACGGGCAAAAGGAAGAGUGAAGAAGUCGUGUAGAGAAUAUAUGGAGACAAUCUUGACAUCGUUACAGACAUCGAGAUCUUCUCAUUGGGUGUUUGAUAAUAAAUAUAAAUACUGCGAGAAAAUGGUGCGGGCAACUCGCGCGGAUGGAACAAAGCUGACGAAGAUGAGGGAUGCGAUUCCGCAGAAAGGAAGUAAUAACGUAGCCACCCCCAAGUCCAAACCGUCCCUAGAGAUAUACCGACCCCCAGGUGGGAGAGCGGAAGGAACCACGGCGAACGUCACUAAUCUUCGACUAAACGUGCACGCCAAGGAAUUCACGAUGAAGCAGAAUGAUUCGCAUACGUCUAAGUCUCGGACUAAUGCAUCGGAGCGCUAUUAUCUGCAGCACAGCAAAUCGAGCGGUAAUAUCCAUCGGUAUCUCUACGCUCAGCAGCAACAGCUGCAACAUCCUCUGCAGCAACAGCACCAACUACCGUCCCGUCAUUCUCAGAGUGGCCAUCACUCGACAGCGAACUCCACGUUGCGUCAGCCUCAUCCUUUAGACAUGUCCGCUUCCAGCGGAAACAUUUUACACGUAGCGAAUCGGGUACACUUCAACGUGGACCAAAACGAAGUGAAGACUAAUUCCGUGAAACCGGGCAAGCUUACCAAAUCGCAUACCUUUGUAUCGACUUACGGCUUGAAGCGCUCGAAGAGCUUCAACUCGACAGACGUGUUGGCCGCCAAGGCACUCCACAUCGCGGACGCCUCUGAACUUGGGAAAUUCCCCUCGCCCGUUCAAGAUAUACUUCUACGAGCGAUAGAAGAUCCGAAUCUCUUAAAUGCGAGGACGUUGAUGGAACUAGUGCGGCACAUUCUGGACAGGGUAGUGGAGAAUCGCAAGUAUGCUGAACCGGCAGCUAAAAUUUGCAUCACGAUUAUAGAGAAGGAAACGAAGGAAACUUUCCUGGAAUCUCUGCUAAAUACGUGCCAACAGUGGUAUCAGGAUCGCGCUAGAUUACUGCACGACGGCACGACCUGCCAUCGGUACUCAGCCUUUAUGACGUUUCUCAACGAGAUGUAUUGCCAGCUGAAGCGACGGCAGCUACAAUUGAAGACGCAGCAGGAGGGCGUUCCUCCCGGACGCGUGCUCCUCACGUUGCUUUGGAAAUGCUGCCAGGAUUGUCUGCAACCGCCGGCCAUCAACUCGCUCGCCGAGACGAAUUGUCUGUUCUUCAUCCUCACGUGCAUCGGUAAGGAUUUGGACGCGGAGCUGCCCGCGCAGCUGCAGCAGCUCCUCGGUAGCGUGCGUGACGCCUUCCUGGCGGAGGAUACGACGCCGCCGCCGGUCAAGAGGACGCUCCUGCAACUGAUCGAACUCCACGCCGCCCAUUGGCAACUGCCGGCGCCGGCGGUGGUUUACUACUACCCCUCGAACUCGAACUCCAAGUGACCGCCACCCGACACCCACGGUAUCUCCGUCCAGAACAUGUCCGAGUGGAUUUGCGCAAAACCACGGGUGUAUUUUAAGUAUUUAACAGUACAGACAAGUACUUAAGUACAAGUACUUGUACCGAAACGAAAUGUUUUCUAACGAGAGCGCCUCAAUGCGGGCACGUCAAUGCCUUUUGACGCGACAAUAAACACGAACGAAAGUACGAUUGUACUUUUUUUUUCUUCAUUUUACAACGAUCGCGAACGGUUCGCGAUGAUCUCGUUCCUUCCACGAAACGGAAGUUUUUGUUCGAUAAUUCUGUAUGCAAACGAUGGUAUACGAAUAAACAACUUCUUUUACACGUGU